AUGUUUGUGUUUUAUGAACUGUGGAGCUGUAGCUUAGACGUAUACCGUAUACCGUAUACUGUAUACUGUAUACUGUAUACUGUAUGUAUACCGUAUACACUGUAUACUGUAUACUUAACUUAUACUAACUUAUACACAUACUGUCAUAUACUGUAUCAUAUACUGAUACUACACGGAUACGUGACUGUCAGAGCCAUCGUCCGUCUCGUAGUGGAGUUGUGCUGCUGCUGGCAGGUCACCCGAACGGGGAACUUUCCCGGCCUGUCACAGCGCCAGCUGAACGAGCACAAGCGCAAGAAUCCGGGGAUAAAGGCCAAGUGGGAAGAGAAGCGUCGGGCAAACACUGCUCCAGGCAGGAAAUCCUACGAGCGCGUCGACUUGAAAGCCUACAAAGACACGGAGAACUACGCAGACAUCUUCGAGGAAGGUGUUGCUUUGACGAUGCAGGAGUUCCUCGUGGACCGUGGCUUCGACCCUGGCACUUUCGAGAGUGAAUUCAUGAUGAAGAGAUUCAUUGAGCAGGACAUAUGCGACCAGGCUUAUGUACCGCUGUUGGAUGGCAAGCGGAAAAUCAGGAUGGGAACACGGCAGGCUGCAGGAAAGCGCAAGGAAUCUCAGCACGACAGCGGGGCUGCGGCUUCUUCCGCGGCCCGUGGAUACACGAAGGACUUGCGUGAGACGCGUGGCAAUCUGCGUGGACAGACGGAAGGCUACACAGCCAAGCAGAUUGCAAAUUACUAUGGCCGUGACCGUGUGGACACUGCCUCCUCAGCCCCAGACAAUUCCGAUUCUGAGAAUGACAGCGAGGGCAUGUUCUUUCCAAAGUAUGGGCAGGGCAGUGGCAGUCCUCCUCCCAGGAAACCCCCAUCAAGCCUUGCAAGCUGCUCUCCCCGCAAGCCCGCAUUCAAGCGCAAGCCAAGCCAGACCCUCACUGACACUUUGGGGUUAGACUUCGAGAACGAGGGGCCAGGGCUUCCAGCGACGGAGGAUGAUGACGACAUGGCUGAGGCUCCCAAGAAGGAGAGGCAGCCGGAUGCUGAUGCUUUGGCUUUGGUUCCGAGUCCGAACGAGUUCCCGGGCGGCCGCAAGGGUGGAAGGGGCGGAAAGGGCGGAGGACGUGGAGGCCGCAAGGGCAAGGGCGGCAAGGGCGAUGGUAAGAAGGGUGACGCAGGUGACACGCCGGAAGAACUUUUGCACAAUCAGCUGCAGAAGGACCGUGCAUCCUUUGCAGACCGGGUCUUGUGGGAGACACGCGUGAAGGAUAAGAUCGUUGAGAAGAUGGGCAACAAUUUGGAAGGCCUCAUCGACAAGAUUUUGGCAAGCACAGAUGCUCCCGAUGCAAUUCUCAUGGAGGAAGCACUGGCUUUCCUGGACGGUGCAAAGAAGAAGAACUUCCUUUUCGGGGCCAUGCAGAAGUCUGUCGACUGGCUCCAUCAAGGCUUGCUGGAGGAGGACCUGGUCACGCUGAAGACGUUGGAGGCUCCGCUUCUCGCCGAGAUGUUCCUUGCCUUUGCCAAGCAGUUGCACUCGGCUGGGGCGAGGACGAAUGCUGAUGAGAUGCUUGGCCUCGGCAAGACGGACACGACCGAUCGGUUCUUCAGCUUGCAGAUCUACAAGGAGGUGUCCUCCUCGCAAGCCAUGGCCCUGCAACUUCAAAACCAGCUCCUGUCCACAUGGUGGGACAAGGUGAUGCGCUUGAAGGACACGAACAAGAUGCGUGCUCUCAUGGCCUGUUUGUCGGCGGUUCCUGCCGUGGACCUUGCAACGGUCAAUGAUGAGUUCUUUCAGCGCCCGAUGAACGAGAGGGAGCUUUAUGGACCUAACCUUUUGUUCGAGGUGCAGAUGGUUCGUACCAUGCUCGGAAACUACGGUGAGGACCUCUGA